CUGAGGGUGCGGGCCUGGGCCGGGCUCCGGGCUAGCAGGGGCACAGAGAGGCGAGCGGAGCUGUCCCGGGCAUCCAGUCUGCAGGCCGCGCCCAGGCUGCACCGCCGCCUGCUCCCGGCUCCGCGGUGCCUUCCGCGCCAGCGCUCCUCUCCAGCAUGCUGCCGCGUGGCAGCCAGGCGCUCCGGAGCUUCUCCACCGGCCGGGUUUAUUUCAAAAACAAACUGAAGUUGGCACUUAUUGGCCAGAGCCUUUUUGGACAGGAAGUCUACAGCCACCUCCGCAAAGAGGGCCACAGAGUAGUGGGGGUGUUCACAGUUCCAGACAAGGAUGGAAAAGCCGACCCACUGGGUUUGGCUGCAGAGAAAGAUGGGACCCCUGUGUUCAAGUUCCCUCGAUGGAGAGUCAAGGGCAAGACCAUCAAGGAGGUGGCAGAUGCCUACAGAUCCGUGGGUGCAGAGCUCAAUGUGCUCCCCUUCUGCACACAGUUCAUCCCCAUGGAUGUGAUCAAUGGCUCAAAGCAUGGUUCCAUCAUCUACCAUCCAUCCAUCCUGCCCAGGCACAGGGGAGCCUCGGCUAUCAACUGGACUCUAAUUAUGGGAGAUAAGAAAGCUGGAUUCUCUGUUUUCUGGGCUGAUGAAGGUUUAGAUACAGGACCUGUUCUUCUGCAGAAAUCAUGUGAUGUGCAACCCAAUGACACAGUGGACUCACUUUAUAAUCGAUUUCUUUUUCCUGAAGGAAUCAAGGCCAUGGUAGAAGCUGUCCAACUCAUAGCUGAUGGAAAAGCUCCUCGUGUUCCUCAGCCAGAAGAAGGGGCAACAUAUGAAGGUAUCCAGAAAAAGGAAAAUGCUGAGAUUUCUUGGGAUCAGCCUGCUGAAGUUUUGCAUAACUGGAUUCGAGGUCAUGAUAAAGUCCCUGGAGCCUGGACAGAGAUAAAUGGACAGAUGGUUACUUUCUAUGGCUCUACAUUACUAAACAGCUCUGUCCCUUCCGGAGAACCUCUAGAAAUUAAAGGUGCCAAGAAACCUGGUCUUGUCACCAAAAACGGACUUGUUCUUUUUGGUAAUGAUGGAAAAGCGCUGGUGGUGAGAAAUCUGCAGUUUGGAGAUGGAAAAAUGAUUCCUGCCUCUCAGUACUUUUCAGCGGGUGAGACAUCGGUGGUGGAACUUACAGCCGAAGAGGUGAAGGUGGCAGAGACCAUCAAGGUUAUCUGGGCUGGAAUUUUAAGCAAUGUCCCUGUUAUUGAAGACUCAACAGACUUCUUUAAAUCUGGAGCAAGCUCAAUGGAUGUUGUCAGGCUGGUUGAAGAGAUCAGACAGAAAUGUGGUGGGCUUCAGUUACAGAAUGAAGAUGUCUAUAUGGCCACCAAGUUUGACGACUUCAUCCAAAAGGUGGUGAGGAAACUGAGAGGAGAGGAUCAAGAGGCGCAGCUGGCCGUGGACUAUGUCUCAAAGGAGGUCAAUGAAAUGACAGUAAAAAUGCCAUAUCAGUGUUUCAUAAAUGGACAGUUCACAGAUGCCGAUGGUGGAAAAACUUAUGACACUAUCAACCCAACAGAUGGAUCUACAAUAUGCAAAGUGUCCUAUGCUUCUUUGGCGGAUGUUGAUAAAGCAGUAGCAGCAGCAAAAGAUGCUUUUGAAAAUGGUGAAUGGGGAAGAAUGAAUGCAAGAGAAAGAGGGAGAUUGAUGUACAGACUUGCAGACCUACUGGAAGAGAACCAAGAAGAGCUGGCAACCAUUGAAGCCCUCGACUCAGGGGCUGUCUACACUUUGGCCCUUAAGACUCACAUUGGAAUGUCUGUGCAAACAUUCAGAUAUUUUGCUGGCUGGUGCGACAAAAUUCAGGGUUCUACAAUUCCAAUCAACCAGGCCCGUCCAAACCGCAACCUGGCCUUCACCAAGAAGGAGCCACUUGGUGUCUGUGCCAUUAUCAUUCCCUGGAACUACCCCUUGAUGAUGUUGGCGUGGAAGAGCGCUGCGUGUUUGGCAGCAGGCAACACCUUAGUGCUCAAGCCAGCACAGGUCACGCCCUUGACCGCUUUGAAGUUUGCAGAGCUCUCUGUGAAAGCAGGCUUUCCAAAGGGGGUGAUCAACAUCAUUCCAGGCUCAGGCAGCAUAGCAGGACAACGCCUUUCUGAACAUCCUGACAUCCGCAAACUUGGUUUCACUGGUUCCACUCCUAUUGGCAAACAGAUCAUGAAGAGCUGUGCUGUGAGCAACUUGAAGAAAGUUUCCCUGGAGCUUGGUGGCAAGUCCCCACUUAUAAUAUUCCAAGACUGUGAACUUGACAAGGCUGUGCGAAUGGGCAUGGGAGCAGUAUUUUUCAACAAAGGAGAGAACUGUAUCGCAGCUGGGCGGUUGUUCGUGGAAGAAUCUAUCCACGAUGAAUUUGUGACCAGAGUGGUAGAAGAAAUUAAAAAGAUGAAAAUUGGUGACCCGCUUGACAGAUCUACUGAUCAUGGGCCCCAAAAUCAUAAGGCCCAUCUGGAAAAGCUGCUGCAAUACUGUGAAGCUGGAGUGAAGGAGGGAGCCACCUUGGUGUACGGGGGAAGGCAAGUCCAAAGGCCAGGCUUUUUUAUGGAACCAACUGUGUUCACAGAUGUGGAAGACCACAUGUAUCUUGCCAAAGAGGAAUCCUUUGGGCCCAUUAUGGUGAUUUCUAAAUUCCAAAAUGGGGACAUCGAUGGAGUACUGCAGCGAGCAAAUAAUACAGAGUAUGGCUUGGCCUCAGGGGUUUUUACAAAAGAUAUAAACAAAGCUAUGUAUGUGAGUGAAAAACUGGAAGCUGGAACUGUUUUCAUUAACACAUACAACAAGACGGACGUGGCAGCCCCAUUUGGUGGAGUUAAACAAUCUGGCUUUGGGAAAGACUUAGGGGAGGAAGCUCUAAACGAAUACCUCAAAACCAAGACGGUGACACUGGAAUAUUAGAGCAACACAGUCACCAGGAAACCUUGACACCAUUUCUCAACUCUAGACACACUUAAGAAGCCUGGAACUGCUGAGACAGAAGGUGGCAGCCAUGAGCCAAGAAGUGCACACAUGGACCAUGAAGAGGGUCAGACCACAGGGCAAAGCAUUUACACACGUGCCUGAAUAUUUUCCAAUACACCCUUUAUACCUUCAAAUGACUUACGGUUGUUGGGUUUUGACUAUGUUGUAUAUCAUACGUAUUUCUUUCUUUUUUUUUUUUUUUUUGUAGAGACAGAGUCUCACUGUACCGCCCUCGGGUAGAGUGCCGUGGCGUCACACGGCUCACAGCAACCUCUAACUCUUGGGCUUACGCGAUUCUCUUGCCUCAGCCUCCCGAGCAGCUGGGACUACAGGCGCACGCCACAACGCCCGGCUAUUUUUCUGUUGCAGUUUGGCCGGGGCUGGGUCCGAACCCGCCACCCUCGGCAUAUGGGGCGGGCGCCCUACUCACUGAGCCACAGGCCUGCCAUCAUACGUAUUUCUAAAAUAUCAAGCUGCUUUUUCUCUACCAAGACUAAUCUAUUCCUGGUUGUCCAUCUUGAAAAUGUCAAAAUCACGCAGUUAUACACAAGGUGCUUUUAUUGGAACCUUUUAGAGGAUGUACAGGUUUUAACCUCUGAACCAUACAUACAUGUAGGGUUAUUAAAAAGACUUUCUAUAAUUCCAUUUCCAAGGAACAGUAUGUCCUGUAACUAAUGUGAAGUUAGUUUUUCUUUUCCAAUUUGGAAAUAAGAUAGAUCUCCGUGCCUUUGAUUUUCUAUUUUUUAGCCCACUGUGAUGGGUGGUCAACCCAUAAACAUUUCUUGAAUACCUACUAUGUACAAAAUACUAUCUGAUGUUCUCAAGAGUAUACAGAAUUUAAUGACAUGAUCUUUGGACUCCACAUAGUUUUAACUCUAGUAAGUCAUUUUCAAAAGUGAAUUUUAUAGUAUGAAAUAGUAGAAAAUAGACAUUUUAUAGUAUGAAACAGUAGAAGGUAAAUAGACGUUUUAUAGUAUGAAAUAGUAGAAAGUAAAUAGAUCUUGGUUCAUAUCUUACCAUCUUACCAUCCAUGUGCCUUUGGCAAACUUAUGCAACUCCUUUGAGCCUCAGCUUAAAAUAGGGAUAGUAAUGCCUUCCUCAGGACCCUUAUUAUGAGAAUACAAUGCAAUAAUGUAAGUAAAGCAGCUUGCAUUUUUGCUUUGCUUAUGUUAAGUACUCAAUUAAAUUUAACUGUUUUUUUUCAUCACUAUUUUAAAAAUAGGUUGAUUAACUAGAUGAAUUAGUUUCCCACAAUCCUUUUCAAGAAUCAAUCACUAGACCACUUUUCUCAUCCAUUCUUUUGACACAGUGCCUAAUACAGCUGCACUGAAAAAUGCCGAGUCAUGGGAAAAAAUGGCAAGGGCAUGAGGCAAAGAAAUCUGCUGCUUUCUGCCGUGUACUCAUCCUUCAUGGGACAUGUGUCUUUCCAUUUUUCUACCUACCUGUUCUGCUGCUCACUGCCUGUGUGAUCUUGGGCAAGAUAUCUCAGAGCCUAUGUUUGGUAUCUAUAAAGGGGGAAUACAGAUCUCUAUGCAAUGAGGUGUUGCAAGAUUCGAUGAGAUGGUAUCCUCAAUGCACUUAACAAGGUGCAUUUGGAUCACAGUCAGCACUUGAGAAAUAUUACAAUCCAUGCAGUACUCACGUAACUUCCCACUGUCAGACAAAAGUAAUUAAGUGGGUCAAUUCCAUCCAUAGAUGACUAAAAGAAGGCAAAUUCCUGAAUUGCAGAAGAUGGCCAGAGAAAUUAGCCUCUAUUAAGCUUCCUAUAGUCAAAUUUCAAUAAAGAUUCCUAUUUCUUGGGCUUUAAAGAAGGCCCCAGGGAGUAAAUGUUACUCUGGAGACUCUGCAGUAUUACCUGAGGUGAAUAUAGGGAAUCGAUAAACAGUGAUCACAACGAUCCAUAGUAAAAACAAUAAAAUCAGAGGCAGAGGACAUUUUCAAAGGGAAGAAUACAAGGUUUGAUUCCAAGAUGAUAAAAGGAGUAAAUUUUGCCUGUAAGGAUUUUUUUUCAGGGGGAGGGGGAGACAGAGUCUCACUCUGUCACCCUCGGUAGAGUACCAUGGCGUCACAGCUCACAGCAACUUCCAGCUCUUGGGCUUAGGCAAUUCUCUUGCCUGAGCCUUCCAAGUAGCUGGGACUACGGGCGCCCACCACAACUCCUGGCUAUUUUUUUUUUGCAGUUUGGCCGGGGCUGGGUUCGAACCUGCCACCAUUGGUAUAUGGGGCUGGCGCCCUACUCACUGAACCACAGGCACUGCCCAGCCUGUAAGGAUUUUUUAUUAUACUAAAGCUUGUUUACCAUCAAAGUUUGGCACAGCUUAUUUACCAUCACAAAUGAACACGGAUUGGCCCUAAAUGACAGUUUAUAUUUGAAUAAAAUAUUGAAAGCCUUAUCAUAAAUAAUUGCUUGUAAAUGAAGUGCUUUUAACUGAUUUCAUGUGAUUUAGCAUAUCACUUUAUCAAAUUAUUUUAAUGACAGAAUGAGCAGACAAAAAUAUCUCUAUUCUUCUGAUUUUAUUUUACCCUCUAAUAUUAAUCUCAGUAGCAGUGUUUUUAAUCUUCAUUGGGCUAUAAACCUCUUUGAGAAUCUGAUAAAAGCUAUGAACCUCCCUGUCUCACUUUUACCCCCAAAAUUACAUGCACACAUAUAAUUCUGCAAAUAUUUUCAAGGGAUGUACAGACAUCCUAAAGGUCAUGCUUGAGCCCCAGAUUAAGAACUCUUUUCUUCAUAUCAAGUUCCAUAAAGUUCAAAGUUUUUAUAUCUGACUGCUGAUCAAAAUCAGUCUUUACAGAGUUCAUCAACUUACCACGUGAACUUGAAUUGGAACAUAAUAAUCCACAGCCUGGUAGGUGGUUUAAUUAACACAGAGAGUAAUUAAAUCACUGCUGUUCCUUCAGAGCACUGAUUAUUUUGCUAAGCUAAAAGAUAAAGCUGUGAUCUGAUUAUCCACUGAAUUGGGGUGGCAUGGACACUUUAAGCAGUUUGACGUCCCUUCUAAUUCCCCAUCCUCAUGCCUUUGCUAAAGCAGACUUCUUUCUCUCCAACACCCUGCUUGGCUUUUCAUGCCACUGGCUGGGCUGUGUGACUCUCCUCCGUGCUCCCACUUGUCUCAAACAUAGCAUUUAAUAUUUGAUACUAAAAUUAUCUGUCUUCCUAACUAGAUAUGAGCACCCCCUCCCCACCCCCAGGGUUAGCCCUGUGUCAAUAAUAAUACAACAGCUAUCAUUUACUGAUGGCCUCCUGUAUGAAGACACUAUGCUUAGCACUUUUUAAAUGCUAUUUUUUAAUCUUUGUAAUAUCUGAAAAAAAUGGAGAAAUUGCUCUUCUUACUACCUCCUCUACUACCAAGCCAUUAUCGCCUCUUCUCUACAUUACUCCUGAGGUCUCCCCACUGGUCUUCUGAUUCCUCCCUUACGUGGUCCCGUUCAAAGCUUAAGUUAGAUGGUGUCACCACUCUGUUCAAAACUUUCUAACGCCCCCCAUUUCACUUAGAAUAAAGUCCAGGCUAUCUACCAUGACCCACAGAUCUUGCUCCUGGCUAUGUCUGACCUCAGCUCCGUAUCAAUUUCUCUCUUGUUCUGCCCUAGCAAUCCUGGGUGCCUUGAUGUUCCUAAACACACCAAGCAAGCUUCCUCCUCAGGGCCCUUGUACUUACCGUUCCCUCUUUGCUGGUAAAUGUUUAACAAAUGGUUCUCUGGGGGGACAAGAACCUGGUUUCCAGCAUUUGCAGAUACCCAUCAAGGCUGAAUUUGACCUCACUAAGCUCAGUUGGAGGAGAUACAGUCAGAACAGGUGAUAACCAGGGCCAGCAUACCACUGCCUCUUCCUCCAACUCUUCCCCAAACAGCCUGACAGCUGGCUCCUCAAGUAUCAUCUGAUUAGAGAUACCAUAUGUUGCCAUGUGUAAUGUGCACUUUCUUAUCCAAAUUUUUGAAGGAAAGAUAAGGAGCCACAUUAUACAUUCGGAGUACUAUUUCUUACUGGUACAUAAAAUUUCUUGUACCUUGUAUCUGUUCUUGUGUUUUAUAAUUUUUUUGUUAUAUAAAAUUUCUUGUGCCAUAAUGUGUUAAAGAAUACGAAAAUUCCUUUUUAUAAUACAAAAACAAGUACCUAAAUUUAAGCAAAUAAAAAUUUGAAU